GUCGAAAACCUCUCGAAGCGACCCGCCCCCGCGCUCUGUUCACGGGAUACGCCGUGGGCCUUCAUCGAACCUUUGCUGAAGAGAGUCCGAGGUCCAAAUGGCUCUUCGUUUUCAUAUCUUCGCUUGGGCACUGCUGGCGCUGUGGCGCUCAGCUGUGGCCCAGGACCUGAGUGCCUGCGAGGAAGACGUACUGGACGUUCGGCUUUUGCAGACGUCCUUGUCGCUCAAUCGCCGAGAAACGGAUGCCUCAACGAAGGAAGCUGAGGUGCUGAAGGAGUCAGCGCAUCACCCCAGGAAAUCUUUAGGGAUGCUCGCAGAAGAAGCGAUGAUCCGAUCGGAGUGGAUGGUCUUGGGAUGCUACGGAGUCAUCUACUUGGUAUCGGUCAGCCUCAUUGUGCGUGGGAUGACCAAGCGCCCUGCUGGUUUCGACUCGAAGCUGGCGGCCGGACAGAAGGUGGAGGACAUGGAUGCGGAAACCAAGGUCUGGCGACAAGGAUUUCUCAGUUGGCUCUCCAUCUCCUGGGCCUCGCCCUGGUGCGCACGCUGGGGCGACUCGCUGAACGCCGCGCUCACGAAGAUCAAGGCCGACCAGUUGCCACAGUUGGGCUUUCGGGAGGACAUGGCGAAUGCCAGCGCGGAUCAAUUCGAAAAACUAUGGGUGGAAGAAGUGCAGGCCGCAGGGCCCGAGAAGGCCAGCAUCGCCAAUGUCUUUCUGAAGAUGUGGCCCAGAUCGAAGCUGAUCAUGGGCGCCACGGCCUAUGCGUGUCAGAUCCUGCUCCUCCAGUUGUACUCCGUCUACCUGGUCCGUUUUUCCCUGAUGCACUUCUUCAAGUUGCAGGCCUGGGUCUCGGAGCACCCCUUCGAGGAGCGGAAUAUGACCAACCAGAUCUUGGUCACCAUCUUUGCUUUUUCCUUCUACUCCAUCGGCCACAUCGUCUUGGCAUCUGUCACGAACUCCAUCAAUACUCAGCUGGACCAGCGCUUGUGUGGUGGCAUCGCUGUGGCGCUCUUUCGGAAGGCCCAGCGCUUGCCGUCGACGUCCAGCUCCGAGCAGACGCCGAAAGAAGGAGAUGCUGAGGAGGGCAUCAAAGCUGACCUACAGACGCUGCUGAACCAUGACGUUUUGACGGCCCUGAUUGGCUGCUUCGAAUCGUGCUGCUUAGCAGCCAGCUCAGGGUUGUCUUGGAUCGUCUUGUUGUGCUUGAUGGCCACCGAGCUGCGCUUGGCCUCGAUCUGCGCCUUUGCCACAGCCAUCCCCUGUUUGGUCUUGGCAGUGGCCCUGGGCGCAGCAGUGGGGAAGUGCAUGCUGACCUUGCAGGAACGCACUGACCGGAGAGUGGUGACCUUGCGUGAGGUGCUCUUCGGCGUCCGUAUUGUGAAGUGCUAUGGCUGGGAGACCGCGAUGGAAGAGAAGAUCUCGAACCUGCGCAGUCAGGAAGUCGGUUCACUGAGGUCCUACUGGAACAUCACCUGUGCGCUGACUUCCAUCAUGCUGCUUUUCCCCCGCUUGUUGAUUUGGUCGGGGCUCGUUGGCUAUGCCGCCAUUUACGGCGCUCACAAUGUUGCGACCAUUUUCACCAGUUUGCAGAUCUUGGCGUGUCUUCGUGGCUCCUGUGAGAUCCUGGCGCAAAGUCUGGCAAAGGUGGCCGCCAUCUCGCCCAGCUUGACGCGGAUCCAGGCGUUCCUAAAGCUUCCCGAGGCGCCGACGCUGCAAGCUGGCCAGCCACUCUGGUUGCAGCAUUGGCCCUCUUCCGGAGGAGACUUCGUUAAGAUUCAAGGCACCUAUUGCUGGAGUAUGGACUCUCCACCUGCCAUCCGACAAGUGCAGCUUCAAGUGCCAUGUGGUGAGUUGGUCGCUGUGGUGGGCGGAGUGGGGUCAGGGAAAAGUGCCCUGCUGCAGGCCAUCUUGGGAGAAUUGCAACCGGAUGAGAGGGAAGAGAAGGCCUUCAUCAGCCGUCCGAAGACCGUGGCCUACUGCUCCCAGAUACCUCACAUUGCCGAGGGCACCUUGAAGGAGAACGUCUUGUUUGGACAGGCCUUCGACCAGAGCCGCUAUGAGGAUGCCUUGCGCGCUGCGUCGCUGGGGGAGGAUCUCAAGGUCUUGCCAGGUGGUGACCAGGUACCCAUCGGCGCUCGUGGGAUCUCCUUGUCGGGCGGGCAGAAGGCACGUGUGUCCAUGGCCCGCGCGGCGUAUCACUUAACCUCCAAGUUGGUGCUCAUGGAUGACCCCUUCGCGUCCGUCGAUGCGCCGACGGCACGCGUCAUUAUGGACAAGCUGCUCUUGGGACCUCUGAUGAAAGGCCGCACCUGUAUCGUGUCCACGCAGCCGGAUUCGGAUCGCCUACAGAAGUUCCAGCGAGUGGUAUUGAUGCAGGAUGGUAAGGUGCUUCUGCAGGGCACCCCUGACGUGGUCUUGGCCAGCGAGGCCUAUCAGAAGUUGCUGAGCAGCAGGGAGGGGGGAAGCUUCGACCAUGCAGAGGACACACAGUUUGCCAAGACGCCUGCGGCCAACUGGAGGAAGGAUGGCCAGUCAACCGAGUCAUCCCUUCGGGAAGAUGAAUUCGAAGGUCGCCCCUCAGUGGCCCUUGUGAGAGACUACAUCAGCAUCGGCCGCUAUCGGCACAUCUUGACGGCCUGCAUUUUGCUCAUGGUGAUGAUCUACCUCUUUCUCCUGUGCGACCUGGUCAUUGCCCAUUGGUGCAAUGCUUUGUCGAUCAACCCGCAGGCAUCAGCAAGACCCUUUUUGUCUGCCUAUUUGUUCUGGUUGAGCCUUUCCUUGGUGGCCUGGGUUCUGGGUUGGCGGGAAGGAACGGCCUUCACCAUGCGUUUGUCUGCCGCGAUCCAUGACCGUGUCCUUCACAAGCUGCUCCGAGCUCCAGUGGAUCGAUUCUUCGACAAGCAGCCCGUGGGACGCAUCAUGAGCCGCCUCGUCGGCGACCUGGCCAGUGUGGACUUGUCCCUGUACGCCAAGAGCCUCUUGACCAUCACCAUCAUCUACGGGACCAUCGUCCCCUUGAUCUACGUGCACACCAUGGUGCCAGCCAUCAUCACAGUCAUGGCAUUGCCCCUCUACUACCUCAUCUACCACAUCUAUGAGCGCUACCGGAACACCUCAGUGCCGAUGCGCUAUUGCUUUGCCUCGGCCAAGAGCGACAUGAACGGCUUGGUGACCGAUGUGAUGUCCAGCACGGCAGCGAUCCGCGCCUAUGGAGACGAGAAGCGGUUGUCAGACGAAAUGUGCCUUCAAGUGGACAAGACCUUGAAGGUUUGCAUGAUGAGCAACAACGUUCUCCGGCGCUGGUUGGGAAAUCGAAUCCACUUCUUGUGGAGUUUUAUGACCAGCACCACCUAUGUGGCCGCGCUGAUGUACCCCGACAAGGUGGGCGCUGGAACGCUGGGCAUUUGCAUUACCAACCUCUUGUUGAUGCAGAACCUCAUUGAGAGCAACAUUGACAGUGCCAUUGGAUCUCUCUUUGAGCUCAUUGCGCUGGCCCGCAUCCACGAGUAUGUGGACGUCCCACAAGAGCGAUACUUGACCAGUGAUGCGGAUGUCGCGUAUCGCAGCUUCACGGUGCGCGUGGCCCGCAAGGCCUUGGGAAAGCUGAACUACUGGAAGCAGGGAGACGUCGUGAAGGUCUACCGAGGUGCCACCAUGCUUUUGCAAUCUUCCAGCGACAAGAAGGCUUUGCUGCCCAUGGCAGCAGUUGAAAAAGAGGGCGCCCAAUUCACGGAGCUGGGUCGCGGCAUCCCGAAGUUGAGGGAGGCCCAUGCAUGGCAUCGCCUCACGGGAGUGAACGACGCCGUGCACGACGCCGAGAUGCUGGCGAGAGAGCUAUGUGGCGACGGAAGUGCUGAGGUGGUCCUGGAUUUGCGCAGUGGCUGGUGUGCGGAGGGCGCCCGAUUGGAGUUGGAGAACGUUAAGGCUGGCUACGCCGACAUCCCUCGAGAUGUCUUGAAGGGUAUCAACCUGUGCUUCGAGCCCAAGACCAAGGUGGGCAUUGUAGGCACCACUGGCUGUGGAAAGUCCAGUCUUCUUUUGGUGUUGUUGCGCAUCCUCGAGCCACGAGCUGGGAGGGUGCUCAUCAACAAUGUGGACACGAGCACUCUGGGCUUGUCAACAUUGCGGAGUGCCCUUGGCCUUGUUCCACAGGAUCCCUUGCUCUUCACCGGAAGCCUGCGUCACAACUUGGACCCCAUGAGCUCCUACACUGAUGGACGGAUCUGGGAAGCUUUGCGUUGCGCCCACUUGGAUGGCUUGGUGCGUACUCUGGUGGGCGGUCUGGACUACCAGGUCACGGACGAAGGCUCCAAUUUGAGCUUUGGUCAGCGGCAGUUGUUUUGCCUGGCGCGGAUGGUGCUUCGGCAGCCGGCGCUGCUUCUGCUCGACGAGGCCACGUCGGCGAUCGAUCCACGCACGCAGGAGAAUGUCCAAGAGACGAUCAGCCAUGCCUUCCCUGACUCCACGCUGGUGGCCAUUGCUCACCGCUUAGAAACAAUCCUGGACUUCGACCAGCUUGUGGUGCUUGAUGCUGGUGAAGUGGCUGAGAAAGGCUCCGUGAAGGAGUUGCAGAAUCGUCCGGAUGGCAAGUUCCGGAGGAUGCUGUCGGCCAAGAAGGUUUGGGCAUGAUGGCCCAGAAAGGAGGCGCUGGAGGCCCACGGUUGGCUUGUGAGUAGCCGGCGGUCCCUUUCAGGGCUGGGGCCGAGAUCAAACGCUACCUGAAUCCAU